AUGGCGAAUGAUGAUGAAAAUUUAGUAGUUAAAACAAAAUCAUAUAGUUGGCAUUUUGGUAAAUUAUCACGUAUACAAGCUGAACAGUUACUUGGUAAUGAAUGUAUUGGAACAUUUCUUAUACGUGAAAGUAAACAUUUUCCAGGAGAUUUAACAUUAUCAAUUAAAGAUGAAACUCGAAUUCAACAUUAUAGAAUUAAAUAUGAUCGAAUAAAUGAAACAUAUACAAUAGAUGAUGAAACAUUCUUUCCUAAUCUUCAUCUACUUGUUCAGCAUUAUCAAUUGGAUGCCGAUGGUUUAUGUUGUCGUUUAGAAAAAUCUGUAAAUAUCAAACAUGAUAAUAUGGAUUCGAUAAAAAUAGAAAAAACAAUAUCACCUGUUAUAACUCUUUCACUUAAAGCACCAUUAGUGAUUGAUUAUAGAGAAUUGCAAAUUGGAAAACUUAUUGGAUCUGGAGAAUUUGCUGAAGUUUAUGAAGGAAUCUAUAAAAAAUCACGUGUUGCAAUUAAAAUAUUAAAAGAAUCAAAUUCUGUCACAAGUUUUCUUCAUGAAGCUAAUAUCAUGAGUUUAUUGAAACAUCAAAAUCUGGUUCAAUUUGUGGGUAUAGCUGGAAAAUCAAAUAAUGUUAUUUAUUUAGUUACUGAAUUUAUGGCUAAAGGUUCACUUCUUCAUUAUUUAACAACACGUGGUAGAUCAGUGAUUGUUCAAUGUGAUUUAGUUGGUUUUGCAAUUGAUACAUGUGCAGGUUUAACUUAUUUGGAACAGAAUCAUAUUGUUCAUCGAGAUAUAGCAGCAAGCAAUGUAUUAAUUGCUGAUGAUAAUACAGCUAAACUAUCAGAUUUUGGUUUAGCUAAAUCAUUAGAAACAACAGAAAAAGAAAAUGGUAAUAAUAUUAGUACAGAAAAAAUAAAAUGUCGAACAAAAUGGACUGCACCUGAAGUACUUGAAUCAAAAAAAUAUACACAUAAAAGUGAUAUGUGGUCUUAUGGUAUUCUUCUUUGGGAAAUAUUUUCUUACGGACGAUGUCCUUAUCCUCGUAUGCGUGCUGACGAUGUCUUGAUCAAUUUGAAACAAGGAUAUCGAAUGGAACCACCAGAUGGUUGUCCAAUAGAAAUUUGUGAUAUUAUGCGUCAAGCUUGGCAUGCUGAUUCUGACCGACGACCAUCAUUUAGCGAAAUACUUGGACGACUUAAACGUGUGGAUAUAUUUUUUUAA